CAUCCAUUAUUCUCAGUAAAUGCAUUAUGAUAUGAUAUUUAUUAAUAUGUAAAAAUGUCAUUAAGUAUUUUGCAGUUUAAAAUCACAAUAAUUUGGAUUCAGUGACUCCUCAAAGUUAUUUCUGUUCAUCAAUGUCACUUCUAAAAGUAAAAAUAAAUAUUUAUCUCACUUGACUUGAUUCACAUUCUGGACAUUCUCAUUCUGAUUCUCAUUUCAUCAUAAUCAUGAAUCAUGUCAUUCAGUUUUUUCAACAUUCACUAACUUCAAGACUAACUAACUAACUAAAACUGAAACUAAUUUAGUAAUUAAUUUAGCAAUACUAGUAAUUUAAGAAAUAGGACAGGGGCAAGGGGGUAGAGAGCCAAGGUAAGAAAAUGAGCAAAACAAAGUAUUGGAAAGAAGGCUUCUUGCUGAUACAUUAUUAUUAUUCAUGACAAGAUUACAUACGUUGUUUUGUUGCAUAAUUUCUUAAGAUUAAGACUAAUUUAAAUUAAGUAAUUGAGUUUUUUUUUACUCUAUUGUCUCUAAUUAGGCAUAGGCUUAUUUAUUAUGUUUUUAAUUACUACUUAGAGGUCGUCCAUUAAUUACGUCAAAAAUUUUUACUCAUUUUUUUAUCCCCCACCUUCCUUGUCAACAAUUGUCAAACUUUCGAUGACCCCCCCCAACCCUAUUUAAUUAUGUCAACAUUUUAUAACCACCCCCAAAAUGAAUUAUAAUAUAAAUAAAUUUAUAAAUUUUAAAUACAAUACAUUAUAAUUAUACUUUGUGCUAAACUAUUUAAAUGACACAUACAAAUUAAGCAAAUCAUUUUAUUUAUUACAUGUUUAGCUUGUUAAUCAACAGGUUAAAAAGUUUUUCACUUAAAUUUUAUAAUGCAGAAACAACUUUUUUAAGGACUAAAUAUCAUUGUUUGUGGAAGUAUAAGUAUGAUAAUUGUCAGUAUCGCUGACAAUUAUAGCAUAGUUUCUAGCUGCUAUCAUCUUCCCAUGGAGUAGUCAGGUGUUGCCGUAUCAUAACAAUGGGCAUCAGGGACAUCACUUGGGUAGGGCAGAAGGGCAUAAGGGCAUUUCUCCCCCCCCACCCCCUGGUUUUAUUUAAAUUACUAUGUACUGUUGCGCCUCCAGUAAUAAACAACUAAAUAAGCCGACCAAGUAUUGGUUUUGCCCUCCUCCCUUCCCCUGAAAGAAACUUGAAAUACCACCCCUGAUGGGCAUAGUGUAUAGUAGUUGAUUAUCAUUUUCAUCUUGUGGAACUGAUGUACCAGACAAGUCAACAUCAUCCUUAUCUAACCAUUCAGCACUUAAAAUAGAAGUAUACCGGUAGUCGGUGUGAGCAAUAAUUGCCAUAAGCUCUCUCUGACUUUGAGUUGGUAUAGUUUUUAUUGAACACCGAUGAGUUGGUGUUUUAUUUAAAUUGAACACCGUGUACAAUCAUGUGUUAAUCAUUCUAGGGAGCGGUUAAAGAGAAAAUUGACAGGUAAAGUAACGUAAAGAGAUACAACCUUUUGACUUCUCUUGCGCUAACAAAGUGGGCUAACAUUCUGACCAACCAUCUACAUUGCACAGACAGACACAUAUUAAAUAACUCUUAUAUUGUUCAAAGCUUAAACACAUAUGACUAUUUACACUCAUUAAAUUGUUUAAAAUAAUGAAAGUACAAGUCAAUUUUUAAGAUUAAAAUUCUAAUAGAUAGAACAUGAUUGUUGACGUCAACCAAUUUAAACUCCCCCUUGUCAACAACUGUCAAAAAUUUCCUAACCCCCUCCCCCCACCCAUUUUGUUGACAUAAUUAAUGGAUGCCCCCUUAUGAGAAGGCCUAUUUAGUCAUAGAUGUUACAAUUUUUUCAACUACUCUCUAAUAGUCUACAUGACUAAUAAUACUAAUACGAAUAUUUUGAUUCUAUUCUUUAAUAGUCCUAUGCUAUACUAUAGCUAUAAGAAGUUAAAUAAUAUAGGCAUAGGCUUUUAAAUUUAAUUAUGGCAAUUAGAUUAGAAUUAGGGUAAUUAUUUUAUUCCUACUUCCUACAUCAAACUUAAAUUAAAAUUAAAUUAUUCAUGUAAUAAUAGUAAUAUUCUUUUCGUAAUAGUCCUAAAAUAGUUUUCCUCUUUUUAAUUAAAUUGUGACUAGCACAUUAGUUAUAUGUAAAGGUAAGAAUUAAAAGAUACUUUUAACAUGGAUGGUAUUAAAUAUGUAAAUCUCCUUUCUUUAAGUCUACAGUUUAUAGUUAAGUCUAUAGUUUUCCUCUUUUUAAUUAAAUUGUGACUAGCACAUUAGUUAUAUGUAAAGGUAAGAAUUAAAAGAUACUUUUAACAUGGAUGGUAUUAAAUAUGUAAAUCUCCUUUCUUUAAGUCUACAAGUACAAGAUUUAAACUUAAAAAUGUUUUAAUAAAAGUUGAUCAUUGAUAAAUCAUUGUGAAAAUAAUAAAAGGAUAUAUGUUAUGUUUAAUUUUAAAUAACAGAUAUAAAGAUAUAAUACUGUAAUUAUUAUUUAUUUGCAAUGAUCAUUGUUUGAAACUCUCCAAUAUUAAAAAAUCUAACACUAAAUUUUAAAUCUAAAAUUUUCUAAUUUUGAAAAAUCUUUAUUCAAUUAAUUUUAAAAACAUUAAUUUGAGGUCGAAAUUGCCUCAGGAAUUAUAGGUAACAUGAACCUCAGUGGUGCACACCUUUUGCGCAAAAAUGUGGCCAUUUUACCUGCGGCGCGGAGAUGAUUUCGUCAUUUCCCGUCACAGAUUUCUAAUAAUACUACAUCUUAAUCCAUUAUCAUUUUGGGAAAAUGUGAAAGAAUAAAAUAAAAUCUUAGGUUAGUUAUGAAAAUGUUAUGUAUGUUUUGAUUUUUUUAGCAGUGACGUGAUAUUAAGGUGGGGGGAGGGUAAAGAAUUUGUGAAACUUUGUGACAAGGGGGAGUGGGGUCUAAAAAGGUCAUUUUUUUGCGUGACUUAAUAUUAUCUAGCCUGUUUUCCGAUUGAGAAUGUCUUGUUUCUAUCUUUGGUCAGUGGUUUAGGCGAAGAGGGGAUGAGAGUGAUUUAGGCCAGGAGGGGAUGAGAGUGGUUUAGGCCAGGAGGGGAUGAGAGUGGUUUAGGCCAGGAGGGGAUAAGAGUGGUUUAGGCCAAUGAGGGGAUGAGAGUGAUUUAGGCCAGGAGGGGAUGAGAGUGAUUUAGGCCAGGAGGAGAUGAGCGUGGUUUAGGCCAGGAGGGGAUGAGAGUGGUUUAGGCCAGGAGGGGAUGAGAGUGGUUUAGGCCAGGAGGGGAUGAGAGUGGUUUAGGCCAGGAGGGGAUGAGAGUGGUUUAGGCCAGGAGGGGAUGAGUUGGGAAGACCACAUUGGAUAAAGGAAAAAAAGGGAAACCCCAUUUGGCAAAUUUUAUCCAAUGAAUUAGUCCACAGAGAUCCAAUCAUUAAUAUUAUGACUAUGCACAAACUACAAUGUCAUUUGCAAGAUUAACCAUUAAUUUAAUGUUAUUAAACAAUGUAAGGCAUAAGGAAAAUGGGGCUUAAUUAUCCAGUUGUGGACUGCAAUAAAUAAUGAGACAAAAACAAUUUGUGUAAAUAAAACAAUAUAGGUUCAUCUUUACUAAUGAUUAUUCAGAACGAUUAUUAAAUAUAAUCAUUAUUAAAGCUGAACCUAUAUUGUUUUAUUUACACAAAUUGUUUGCGUCUCACUUAUAAACUUGAAAGAAAAUUCCAUAGGCUAAAUAGCUCAAAUGGAAAAAUAUUUUUGAUAAUAAAUGUGCCACAUAAAUAUAACUUUAUCGUCAUCUGAAAGUGAAAUGUAUUUUCAGGGAGUGAAAAGCUGAUAAAUACUUACUUGAUGACAUAAACAUCCACUAGCAUCUCAUCUGUUGCUCUCCAAUUAACUGCAGAAUGAUGCAAAACUAAAUUGAGGUAUGUGCCAAAAUGCCUCCCUGUAUUUAGAAGUUUUAACCCCUCCUCAAAAAUCUGCUUGUGAGUAUUCUGCACAUUCCAUCCCCUCUCAGUGGCUUGGUUGUAACCCCCCACCCCACCCUCUGAUGAUCCUGGCUAUGCCAUUGUCUUUUUGGUUAAUUUAUGUUUUAUGCCUCAAAUUCGCUUCAUUAUAAUUUAAUAAACAACACUGUGAUAACAAAACCAUAGUUAAGAUACCUAUUCUGCUAGGAUGAAAUGUGCUUAAGGCAUAGCUAAGUAAUCUGAAGCUUAGGCCUUCACAAUCAAAGAAAGUCAUUCAAAAUCAUGGAUAUACCCAUAAAAAUUAAUUUACCUUCUAAAAAAAACUAAUUCAAUAUGGCUUCAAUUAAAGUACCCUGCUAGAGUUAUCUUAUUGCUUAUCUUUCCUAUCCUCAUCUUGGUAACUGGUAAAUGUUCCAAGGGUUUUUAAUUAUCAAUACAAAUAAUUCUCUAAGAAACAAUGUCUAUCACUAGUGCUAAGGCUCAAUAGCAGCAAAAUAAAAUUACAGAUAACUGCGCUAAGUAAGGCUCUUAAAAAUGUCGCAAGUGCAUUUGGUGUGUAAUAUUUGCUUUUGUUUAAUGGAAAUAGUUGGUGUAAUAAAUUUGCUGCAUAAAAGGGGGUCUGACAUUAGAAUAUUAAUAUAGUUCAGGGGCGGUAGCGUAUGGGGGGGGGGAUCAAUAAUUAGGAAACUUAUGAAAUGAUACUUGAAUGCAAGUUAUGUCAAGUAACUUUAGCUAGAAAAGAAGUUCGUGCAUUGUGGCAACCAUUGUUUGGCGGACUAUAGUUAGUUCAUUAUAUUUAUUCUAAUUUCAAUCUUUGAUAAGUUUGAAUACUAACAAUAAUUUUUAAAAUAUCUAUGAAUGUUGGAAGUACCCGGUAUGGUAUCAGAAGAACUAAGGCUGAUAAUGUUUUUUUUUUACAAUAAUGCCAAAUUAAAUUUUUUUUUCCAAAGCCCUUGUUAUUUGGAAUGGUUAAAACAAUAUUUGCUUUUGAAAGCCAAAAUAACAUAUAUUUUCUAUCCUUCUGAGAUAAAAUUUUCAUACUCCUUUGUAUCGGUACUCAAGACCAAUAGUGAGAACUAAGAUGCUAAUAUUAUUAUAACAUAACAAAAUGCUUUUCUUAAAAUAGCUUAAACACCUUAUUAAGGUAAUUAAAGAGCAUGUCUAAUCAUAGGUAAAAACGAUCGAAUACAGAUAAAAUGGGAUGAUGCAACAAAGAGUGAAAAGGUGUUGCACUUGUCUCUCUCUCUCUCUCUGGUAUGCCAUCCAACCUGUUCUUAAAUUUGAUUUAAAAUGACAUAUUUCCUUACAGAAGACAGUCAGAGCUAUAGAACUUUAUAAAAGAAAACAAGAAAAGAAAAAAACAUUUAAAUUAUUUUGAAAUGAUGCUAAAUUAUGCAGCAUUUUUGUAACUUAGUCUUAUACUCAAUUAGUGGAUACAUAAAUUGAGCACCAUAUUUUAAAAGCAUUAGUUAGAGGGUUAACAUAAAUUUUUCAGAUGAUGUUUGAGUAACAAAUGAACAAAAAAAUUUUUUGAGAUCUUUUAUAACACUUGAAAGCAGAGCUUUCUGACACUGACAGAUUUUUGAAAAAAAUAUUACCGGUAUGUCAAGGCCAGUAGAUAUGUCAAGGCCAGUAGAUAUGUCAAGGCCAGUAGAUCGUCAGGCUGACAUAUUAUCUAAUCCUUUUCUUUUUGCUUCAACAUGCUUCACAAAAGGGAAGAACAGUGCUAAGAUUUCCCUAAUUUAAAAAAAAAGAACUGCCCAUGAACAAAAUAUGAAAAGUUUUGCUGCCAAAAUCUCAUUUUCUAUGAACUGAUUUAGAAUAAAGUUGAGCGAAAGUUAGCUGGUGUUCUUUAAAAAUAAAAUAUUAAAAGACUUCUUUAAAAAGCUUUUUUUAAAAAACUCUUUCAAAGUACACUUCUUUCUUUCUUUAAAAAUUGCAAUUUAAAAUUUUUAAAAAUUAAAAACGUCUCCAUUAAGAGAUAAGAACAAACUGCUGUAUGUUUUAUAAACAAAAAAAAUUCACUAAAAGCUUUAUCCUUAUCAUACAGAAAUUCACCAUGUGCUGUGGGGAAAUGAUUAUCUGAAAUUUAACUUUAACCCAAACUUUAAAAAAAAAAAUCUUCCUAUCAGUGAAUAGCCAUUUUGAUGUUUCAUCAUUCUCCAGCCUUUUGUAGAAGUAAAACUUUUGUUUAUUUCUCUCAGAAAAACUUAAUGCAUACAAUGAUACUGAAAUAAAUUUGUUAACUGCUGACAAAGGACAUUUUCUAAUAGUGUUUUAUCUUGUGUAUUUUUGUUCUAUAGAUUUUAUUUUACUUUUCAGUUUAUAGCUUGAAAACAGUAUUACAUUUAUAUCUCUGUUGGACUCUGAAUGGAUUGACAUGACAGCUGAAAGAUGCUUGCAGGGCUUAGAACUUCAGUUAGCGGAGGUGAGAGAGACAUAAUAGGCUGGAGAUUUUGUAUUUAUUGAUGUAAAUGACAUUAUUUAGAAAUAUUCUUUUCUUUACUCAAUAUUUUUUUAAAGACAUAAAUUACUGUUACUAUUUUGGAUCCCAAUGAAAAAAAAAUAAUACAAGUUAGUGCUUUUAAACCCAUAUACUUUUAAAAUAAAAAAUCAUAUUUUAAAAGUUUAGAGUAGAUAUGAAAAUGACUAUAAAAUUGUUGGAACUUGUCUUUUAACAAUUUAAAUAUAUUUAAAAAUGGAUGAUUCAUGGAUUGGAUAUGAUUUCUUAUGAAAUUACUAAAUUUUGAAUCUACCAGAAGAUAGUUAAUUGUUAAUGUUUACCAGUUAUUUAAAAAAAAAUAUUAAAGAAAUCAUUUGUUUUUGCAUACAAAAUUUCCUCCUGGGCCAUUUCCAUCAUCUUUAAUUUUGUGAUUUAGAAAGCUUAAAAAUGUACUAAUUAAAAUGUUUAAUUAUAUAUUUAAAAAAAUAAUACAAUUAUACUUGCCAAAUUAUACAAAAUAUUUGUUGUUCUGCACUAAAAAUAAAGUUUAAUAAUAUUUAGGAUGACUUAUUUGUUUGUGUAUGAAAUAGUAUUGUUAUAAUUUAGUUUGUUAACGUCAUCUCAAAAUGUACUGUUUUGUUUAUAACAAAUAGUGGCUUGGUAUUGAAGAUAAAAUUUCUUUCAUUAUCUGUUCAGCCUAAAAGUUUCUUAUAUACAUAAAACUUUCCCCAAAAUCUCAGAGAACAUUAAAACAAUACCAUUGAGAUUGUCAGAACUGCGAAAUUAAUUACAGUUAUUGCGAAUCGUUUUUGUACCCUAUUAAGAAUCCUGUAUUAAAUUUUUUUUAAUCAGGUGGAAAUGUUGACAUCCAUGUACCCAAGUCCUGGAGAGCUUAUUCUGGAUGACCCGACCACUUUGGAGCUGGUCAAAGCUGUUGUCUCGGGCGAACUUAGCCUAGAAGAUUUGGAGAACAGGUUGGGCUUCACAGUGAAGGUGACGGUUCAGAAUGAAACAAAGGUACAACAUCUGAACUGUCACUGACAGAUCCAGUACUUGAAGGCAAUUUAAGACUAGAUCAGCCGUUGAUGAUUUUUAAGGGUUCUCCGGUAAUGGGAAAGAAACAGUUGGUAACAGUCAACGGUUUGUGGGCUCGUCAGUCCGAGAAUCAUUUUACAUGAUAAAAUGUGAUCAUGAACUGACCACCAUGUCAGUUCUGUAAUUUAUUAUUCUAAUUUUUGUUUAAAAAGUUAAAACUGAACCUGAUGUUAAAAGUAUUGACGAGAAACCCCAUAUUCUUUUGUUAAAAUAUGUGUACAAAAAUUAGUUUGAUUUAAUAUCUUUAGUCCUAUACGUAACAACAAGUUUCUUCUAACUCUAAGUGUUGAACAAAUGUAAUUGACAGAGUUUGGAUGCUGAGCUGAUUUGUAACCUGCCUCAUGAAUAUCCCUUCGUCAAGCCUCAGAUUUUUACCAGGGCUCCGGAUAUCAGCAGAGACAGACACAAGCAGCUCAGGGAUGAGCUCAACAAAGGUAAUCUUAAGAGAAUGGAGUUUCUUUGAGCCUGAUUUCAGUAAUGUAUCUAUUGUCCUUUAUGUUUAGCAAUAUUUUAUAUCUGUUUGAUCAUAUUUGACUGUAGGGGUAUUUCUUAAUCAGUAUACCAGAACAUUGAGGAGGGAAGCAGAUGUAUUAAACUAUCCAUUACUAAUUUCUACUUCUUUUAACAAAUAAGUUAGAAAUUUUAAGCUUUGCUUACAGGCUGCUCAUACAUUUUGUUUGGUAGGAUUUACUUUAAAUUAUUUAAAUUUAUAUAUUGAAUAGCAAAAGCUGCAUUUUUAUAUUUAAUUUAUAUUGUUAACUUGAUUUAUUUCACAAGUUCAACAUUUCUAAUAUUUAACAAACCAUUUUAAAUGAGAUAGCCGAGCCAAAAUUUUUAUAUAAUAAAAACAAAAAUUGGGUGUCUCUUUGUAGAGCUUGAGAGCCACCAAGAAGGUGGGAUAAUUAUUGGAGUCCUUGUGGAGUGGUUAAGAGAAAGACUCUACACAGAGUUACAGCAGUUGCUGUCAGAUGCGCCUCCAAAACUUGAUGAUGAAAACAAGAAAGGACCUAUGCCUGGCAGGUAUUUAAUAAGUUUAGGAACUGUGCUUUCUCCAAUAUUUUGCUUUUAAAAUCCCACCCAAGUUUAUUUAAGUUGUCUAUUUACAUUUCUCACCCUGCUGAAAUUGACUGUAUUGGAUUUUUCCUUCACUGCAAUAUUAGUUCAGCACUUAUUUGACUGUUCUAUAAAUGUUUAAAACGUUUUUGGGAUACUGUUAAAAAAUUCCAUUAUAUUGUCUACCAAUUAAAAUCCUUCCUUACUGCCUUCCCUCUAAGGAAUUUUACACCAAAGUGAUCUGAUUAUAAUAUGAGUCUCUCCUAUAGAAACAUAGCAAAGCCAGUCAGUGAUGCUUAUAGGGGGCAUCAUGCUUCUAGGACACAUGUGUCAAACUCAAGGCCCGCGGGCCACAUCCGGCCUGCCGUACAAUAUUAUCAGGCCCGGGAGGUCUUGACCGGUGUACAAUUAUAUCCAAGUCAAUGCUAUGGUGUUUCCCAAUGCACACAUUGCUGAAAAACUUUGCUUACUUCGCACCCAGUUGCCACGGUGCUUUAGUGACUUUGAAGCACAGAAAUGUAAUUUUGAACUGUUUCGUAACCCAUUUGUCAUAGAUGUGGACACUGCAACUGUAAAUUUGCAGAUGGAGCUAAUAGAGCAGCAGUGUAAAGGGACACUUGUAAAGGCAAAGUAGGACACAGUUGGGCCUGCACAGUUCACUAGUUUCAUUUGUGAAGAUGUGCCCCAGCUUUGUCUACAUGCCGCUCGAACCUUGAGCCUGUUGGGUAGCACAUAAUAUAUGUGUGAGCAGCUGUUUUGUGUGAUGAAGAUUAACAAAACAUCACACAGGAGUCGUCUCACUGAUAAACACUUGCAGUCCAUCAUGAGAAUCACAAUGACACAGAACGUUACUCCCAACAUAAACGAACUUACUUGUUUUUGUAGCCAAUGAAAUGGGCCAAUAUCCAGCUCUGACAAAUUGGCAUAAGAGCGAAAAUAGAUAUGCCAAUGAUUUUUAAUUAUUAAAAGGUUUUUAAAAAAGAUUAAUUUUCGCUUAUUGAAUGUUUAUCCUGUUCGGCCCGCAACCUUACAUGUGAUUUGAGUUUUGGCCCGCAGCCUUACAUGUGAUUUGAGUUUUGGCCCGCAACCUUACAUGUGAUUUGAGUUUUGGCCCGCAACCUUACAUGUGAUUUGAGUUUUGGCCCGCUGAGUGUUUGAGUUUGACACCCCUGUUCUAGGAGAUUAACUCUUUUAGAAGCAUCAUGCUUUAUAUGUUGUUAAUGAAUAUUGAAAGAUUAUGGCAAUUUAAUCUGAUUUAAAAGUCGAUGGACAGCAUGUUUCCCAAUUUUAACCCACAAUAUUAUCGAAACAUUCCAAGUUUAAUAUAAUAAAUGGGAAUCACAAGUUAGAUACUUCUUAAAGGGGAUAAAACAAGUUGUACUUGUCCCAGAUAUAAAUCGAAAAAAAAUAAAGUAAUAAUUUUUGUUUACAAUCUUGUUAGAUAAAGAUGUUAGUCUCGGGUGGUAAUAACCCUAGCUACACCACUGCUCCGUACUCAGUAUUGAAAAUAGUGGAGAAAAGCAGUGCCAUAUCAAGGCAUGGGCAUACUGCACACUUGCCCACGGUAUCACGCCUAUUUGGGGCCUCAUGUUUGAGGGGCCUCAUGCCUCUAGGGGGCCUUAAUGUCUCUAGGGGGGCCUUACCUCUCUGGGGGCCUCACGUCUCCAGGGAACCUCAAACCUCUAGGGCACCUCUUGUUUCUAGGGGCGUUAUGUCGCCAAUACUAUUAGUGAAUAUUGAAAUAUUCUUUGGGCAAUUUUUAUAUAUUUUGUUUGCAAAAUGAAAAUGGCAUGACCAUUUCUCCAGUUCAUUUAAACAAGUUUUUUGAUGAUCAAAUCAAUUCAAUUUUUUGGUAGUAGCUUCAGAAAAAUUUCUAAUGAUAAAUAGGUAUCAAUUUUUUAAGAAAUCCAUUAAUUAUUUUCUUGGUGGGGGUUGGGGCUGGAGUAAAUCAAAAGAGUCUUAGAAAAGUCAACAAACUUUAAUUAUUUAGUCAUUUAAAUGAAGAGUCUUAGAAAAGGCAACAAACUUUAAUUAUUUAGUCAUUUAAAUGAAGAGUCUUAGAAAAGGCAACAAACUUUAAUUAUUUAGUCAUUUAAAUGAAGAAAUUAAAAAAAUUAGAAAUUCCAAAUCAACUUUUUAAGUUACUGCAUUUGUUUGGAAAUUCAUGCUGUCUCAUUUUCCUUUAGAUAAAUCACAUAAAAAUAAAUAUCAGUCCUACUGGAUACAUGGUGGAUCAUUAAAAUGAUCUUAAGGAAAUAUCUAUAAAACAAGAGCCUAUCAAAAAUGUUCAUGCUUAAAUUCAUGUUUAGUAAACUCAGAUACUACAGAUUAGUGGCCAUUGUAAGUCAGUACCAGUACAUUCAGAUACUACAGAUUAGUGGCCAUUUUCAGUCAGUACUAGUACAUUCAGAUACUACAGAUUCGUGGCCAUUUUAAGUCAGUACUAGUACAUUCAGAUACUACAGAUUAGUGGCCAUUUUAAGUCAGUACCAGUACAUUCAGAUACUACAGAUUAGUGGCCAUUUUAAAUCAGUACUAGUACAUUCAGAUACUACAGAUUAGUGGCCAUUUUAAGUCAGUACUAGUACAUUCAGAUACUACAGAUUAGUGGCCAUUUUAAGUCAGUACCAGUACAUUCAGAUACUACAGAUUAGUGGCCAUUUCAAGUCAGUACUAGUACAUUCAGAUACUACAGAUUAGUGGCCAUUUUAAGUCAGUACUAGUACAUUCAGAUACUACAGAUUAGUGGCCAUUUUAAUUCAGUACCAGUACAUUCAGAUACUACUGAUUAGUGGCCAUAUUAAGUCAGUACCGGUACACUCAGAUACUACAGAUUAGUGGCCAUAUUAAGUCAGUACCAGUACACUCAGAUACUACAGAUUAGUGGCCAUAUUAAGUCAGUACCAGUACACUCAGAUACUACAGAUUAGUGGCCAUAUUAAGUCAGUACCAGUACACUCAUAUACUACAGAUUAGUGGCCAUAUUAAGUCAGUACCAGUACACUCAGAUACUACAGAUUAGUGGCCAUAUUAAGUCAGUACCAGUACACUCAGAUACUACAGAUUAGUGGCCAUAUUAAUUCAGUACCAGUACACUCAGAUACUACAGAUUAGUGGCCAUAUUAAGUCAGUACCAGUACACUCAGAUACUACAUAUUAGUGGCCAUAUUAAGUCAGUACCAGUACACUCAGAUACUACAGAUUAGUGGCCAUAUUAAGUCAGUAAUGAUUUCAAUGUUGACCAGUAAUAAUUUAAUGUAAAAUGUGCCAUAUAAUUUAUAACAAUUUUAUUGUUUGUUUAAACUGAUCCUAUUACUGAUAUUCACCUAAUAGACCCAACUGUUUAAUACAGUCAAAUAAUUAAAAAAAAAAAGAAAACUUACUAUUUCAAAAGGAUGACCUUCAUCUGACUAAAUAAAGGGAAAUCACUAAAAAGUUAAGACUUAAGUACAUAAUUAUUGCCAUUGGACAUCCAAUCGUUAGGUAUAAAUAAAACACAGUGUAGGUUAACCCUUUCGUUACCGAUGACGUCACAAUCACCCACUUUCAAUUACCAAGGACGUCACAUUGUCGUCAUAACAAAGAGGCAAAGAACUUUUCUGAAAUACCAAAGAUGUCACGUCGACGUCAUAUUUCAUUGCUAUAUAUUUCUUUAUUCGUUAAUCUAUAGAGAAGUUAAUCAGCGAAUCAGAUAGAGAAUAAAAAAAACACCGGAAAUUUCUUCUGAUAAAUUUUUAUUGCUGAGUCAGCAAAAAUCAAUGGCAAAACCAGUGGUAAUAAAAGGGUUAAAACAACUAUUCUAUCUGUCGUCCAGCGACACCCUGACCAGGCUAUGGAUUUACAGUCAUCACAUUUACAGCAAGGAGAAGCGCCAGGAAAUCCAGGACUGGGGCAAAGAGCUCAAGAUUCAUGGCUUCAGCAUGCCAGGUAAGCCUGGCAUCAUCUGCGCUGAGGGAGUGACACGCGACGUCUUUGAGUUCUGGCACAGGGUCAGGCGUCUGUCCUGGAAGAAAAUAGGCAUCACAGAGCAGGAGGUUAUUAAAAUGUGUUGUUGAGUUCUUAUUUUGCUUUCAUUUUAUACAUGUGAAAAUAAGACAGUGUCUUUUACAGAUGACACAUAUAGAGUUAAAGCAGUCACAGUGACGCCCUCACAGACUGGCCCAGCCUUAGGAACUUUGAUUAGACAUAAGGGUACCCCAAAUCACACUGAAUGAUAUUUAAGCCCAAGGCUUCCCCUUAUGGCAAGUGAGGUUUCUUUUGUAGUUCCCUACAAUAAGAAUAACACAGGUGCUCAACAGUAUCAGGCACAGCAGCAAAGUGGAAGCAGGCCUUGUGAAAGAAAUCCCACUGAGUCCACUUAAGCAAACUCUCACCUGAUAAUGUCCAUUGGGACAUAAGUUUACUUGUAUUUUUAAGGAAGCUCCAUGACAUGUUAAUUACUGAUUCACAUCCCUUUAUACCAAAACAUUUCAAUUUAUUUCCCUUGAUUUAUCACCUCAGGUCAUUCCAAUGCCUGUCAACCCAGUGGACCAAGCAGCGUUUUACAAGUUUGACCCUUUCCUCGAACUGGUUUUGGAUGCUAGGGGAGGCAAAGGUCGUGAAUACCACAUGGACCUCGGUCAGUUCAGCAAAUACCUGGAGCAGCACAACAGUGGACACAUUUUUAAUCUCUUCUUUGGUCUGGAUGCCAAGGUGAAAGAUGACGGAGACCAGCCCUAGGCAAAGUUGGUCUUUGACAGAUAUGAGAGGAAAAAAAGAAGUAUGAUGAAGGAUGCAAUGUGAAGUACCGGUAGUUUUGUAGAGCUGCACAAGGGAUGAUGAUAUGUAGAUGUGAUCUGUAAAGUGAUGGACAUUUGAUAUGGACGAUAACAUACAGCUCAGAUCUCGUAGGGGGUACUGUUUCAUGUUUAACUUAUCAAGCGGAAUGAUUGGACCAUUUGAAAUGACCUUUUGAUGAUUAAGUUUUAGUCAAAGGGGAAUAAUUUUGAUUCUCCAGUAAAGAAAGACUGACUGAAGUAAAGAGUGAUGGAGAAUAGCUGUUUUUUUUUAGAAACCUCCCUCAAUGAUUCUCAUUGAGCUUGAGGCAUGAAGAGUAAGUUAACAUUAGUGUCAUGUUGGGGUCCUCUAUUGAAUAUCAGAUGUGUUGAACUGCCAAAUGAUGUGUUUUAGGCCAAAUAGAGUCUUCUAAAGUAGAGUCAUGAAUUUACAACAUCUGGCUGCUAUAUUUAUUGCAUAUGAAUUGUUAGAGAUUGAUGUCUGCUAAUUACUAAUAUAUGUACAUACAGAGUAUAAACCACACCCCCAAAAGAAUUCAUGUUGUUUUAAGUUUCAUAAUGUGUAACUUGAGGUCAAAGUGCAAUAAAUUGUCAUAAAAUAUAAAAAUCUUUUCUGCAGCUCAACCGUAACUUUGUGCAUGCAAGUGUAACCAUUUCAGGCCCUAUGUUAAACCAUAAACAUACUGUAGGCUACUCUGUAUAAUUUAAAGUUUUAAAAAAAUUUCAUUACAUGGAUUCUUUAUAACCAGCAUAUUUAAAGCUAUGAAAUAUAUUGAUAUAGUCAACUUAAAUGUACAUUUCAUCACUGCAAAUGUUUUAUUAUUACCUUGCUAGUUUCUUUUUAUUUGUGACAUUAAAUUUGUGCACUAGAUGUAAACUAGAUGCACCUAAGCUGGUGUCAGCAUGUUUUUGAGGCUUCCUCAUGCCUGAUGACAAACUGGAGGUAUCGGGUAGUGAGAACUUUACUACUGAACUCUUCACUUAUCUGGGUAUUUAGGCUGGCUAGUACUGCUAAUAUUUUAACCACUUGCUCAUAAAUUCCAUUUGCAUAUUGUUCUUAUUAUUUGCUAAGAAAACUUUGCCUGCUAUUUUUGUGGUUAAAAACUUAAAUUCUAGGAUUUAAAAAGGGAAUAGAGUUCUAUUUAAAAACGUAUUCUUUCAGUUAAAUUAAAAUUCCAGUUUACACUGUGGUAGCAUCAGAAAUUUUCAUUCUGACACAUAGUGUUGAUUCUAAUUUAUUUUGAUUAUAACAUUUCAAAAAUAAAAUUGUUCAGCUUACGUUAGGGAUAAUGAUGAUUUUGUCACACAAAAUGUUGCAGCAAUUUUUACAAAUGAAAGAUUGGAAUAACACAAAUCUUCUACAAAAAAUGGCAGAUGAUUUAUUUAAUCCAGGCUAAUGAUGAUGAUAGGAACCCAAAGAUUCAAUUUAUACACAUGCAUUAUGUGUGGAAUUUAUUGUUAGAGAGCUUACUGCAAUGGAUCAUUCAACAUUUACCCAGAAUAAUCUCACACACCUAUCUCACUUACUGCAAUGGAUCAUUCAACAUUUACCCAGAAUAAUCUCACACACCUAUCUCACUUACCUCAAUGGGUCAUUCAACAAACAUUUACCCAGAAUAAUCUCACACACCUAUCUCACUUACCUCAAUAGGUCAUUCAACAAACAUUUACCCAGAAUAAUCUCACACACCUAUCUCACUUACAAAACACUGUGUUGUGUGUUAUUAUUGAUUUUUAUUGUUGUUGCCAUUUGUUAUUGACCUGGUGCCUUGACAUCAAAGAGUAUUGUAACUUAAGGGUUAUGAAAUGAUUAAUGUGUUGUACCAGAUAUUUGUGAUGUUUGCCAAAUUUAAGCCUAAUGUAAGAAUAAGUUGUGAUAUUAUUUUAAUUUGACUGUACCAUGUAUAACUGACUCCUGAUGCUAUCCUCCCAGACCUAUGUCUUAUCAUGCUAUCCUCCCAGACCUAUGUCUUAUCAUGCUAUCCUCCCAGACCUAUGUCUUAUGAUGCUAUCUUCCCAGACAUAUGUCUUAUCAUGCUAUCCUCCCAGACCUAUGUCUUAUAAUAUUUCAUGUCAAAAUAGUUUUCAUUUUAAAUGGUUUGUUGCACUUCUAUUUUUGUUCUUGCUUUUUUAAAAAAUUGCCUAUUUAAACUGUACUAAGUUAUUAAGGUUCCCAUGAGUCCUCACUUCACACCUAUCCUGCCUUCAUACCUGUCCUACCUAGUCUUGGUUAAUGUUCAUUGCAAACACAGGUAGCAAUUAAUGCCCACUAUUACUAAUUACAUACUUUUUUUGUUACAGCUCAGUUCAUUUUGGCAUCGUUUAGUUAUUGCUUUUAUCUUUAAACACAUUUUGAGCUUCCAGCAAUUUAAACAUGGGUCAUAUGAUCCAAUCUGCCUUGUUUUUCUUGUUGUGUGACUGAUCAGUUAUUUCAUAUACCUUAUGAGGCUGAACAUGCUCAUUAUUUAAACUAUGAGUUUUUAUAAUUAUGUUAGUUCUGUUAUUGAAUGGACCUUUGUCCAACAUAAAUGACAAGUCACACCAUUUAUGUUUGCACAUCAGUAUGUCCAUCUCUAUGGCCUCAAAGUUGCUUUUUUGUUAUGAUACCUGGUGGGUUGGGGGAAAUUUUUGUUUUGUUUUUAAUCUUUACAAAAAUGGACAAAAAGUAUGCACAUGAAAACUUGAAAUUAUUUAUCCAUUAAAAAAACAACACUUGAUUAGGUCUACAUCAGUUUUAUUUCCCC